AUGUUUUCAAGCUUGACCGAGACGUUCAUGGCGCCGGCUAGCUCAAAAGAUGCCGCCACGGCCGGCAAAGCUGCCGGCAGGACAGCAAGCAAUCGUCCGAGUCCCCUUCGGUCCAACCGGGCGGCUUCCAAGACAGAUGCAAAGAAGUCCGCGUCCGCAUCGAGCUCCAGACAACCGUCGAGUGCCCUCGACGGCCCCUCGCCGAGCGAACCAACGACAGACAAAGAAACACAAUCGGGCAAUGGCAAGGACAAGUUCGACACGUUUGGCGACGCAGCAGGGUCCGAUGACAAUUCACCAGAACCACCACGGGCUUCCGUCGACAUGGAUGAGUUGCCCAUUGAGCUGAUCGGUCUAGCCGACAGCUUCAUCGAGUCCCUGCAGGCCAAAGUGCACCCGACGCCGCCGAACAUCGACAGUCUCUCCCAGAAGUUCCAGGACUUUUACGCCACCGCCUCUACCCACAUCGCAACACACAUUGCCGCCCUGGCUAUGCGUCAGAACCGCGAGCGCUCACCACCACCACCACCCAUCUCCGCCCGCUCCUCCGCUGCCAGCAUCCUGCGGGCCAAGGCGGCGUCCAUUGGCAGCAAGGACAAGUCCAGUACACCACCGCCGCCGCCACCCAAAAACGAGUCCGAGCAGCGGAUGCUGUCGUCUGAAGAAAUUGCCGAACGCAAGCGUGCGCGACGUGUGCUGGAGCAGAAGCGGGGACUGAUGGAAGAGGCUGCGGAGCGGAGGCUCUGCGAGGGUAUCUACGACCGCAUCUACCGGCACAGAACCACCCAGGACGAGGCCCAGGACGAGAAGCUGCGCUCCAAAACGGCCGCGCUCGACCUUGUCGGGAUCAGCCCGGCUGACCUCGGCGUCGACCUGGGCGUUGCGACCCCUGCCUCGCCCGAGGCAGUGGCCACAAGACUCAAGGAGGUCCGGGAGUGGCUGGAGCCUGCGCGGCAACAGCUCGUCCAGAUGGGCCAGACGCUCUACCCGCUCGGCAAGCUGAACCGCCUCAAGGCGGCGCACAAGAGCAUCGUGGACACGCUGGCGCACUUCCACCCGUCUUCGUCGGCCGACGAGAUCAUGCCCAUGCUGAUCUAUACGCUGAUUACGCUGCCGCCGGAGCAGCUCAACGUCGUCAGCGACCUCAACUUUAUUCAGCGGUUCCGGUGGGAGCAGAAGAUGGAGGGUGAGGCCGCGUACUGCCUGACCAACCUCGAGGCGUCCAUCAGCUUCCUCGAAACGGUGGACCUAUCCACACUUCGCGCGGACGAGGCGCAGUCUGGGCCCGUCAAGGCCCCGGGUGCGGAGACGCCCAAAACCGAGACAUUCCCGCCCGCGUACUUUGCUCAGCAAGGCCUGACGGUACCGGUGCCGACGGCAGCGACGCCAAGCGCGCCCGAAAUCAGCACCCCCGAAGCGACGGCGACGGGCAUGAACAUGAAGUCGACACCGUCGCCCUCGGCAGGCCUUAUUGCGGCCGUGCAACUGCGGAACCGGCGGCUGAGUGACUUAGUAAACACGCCCGCCCAUGCUCUGAGCACGGCGAGCGACGCGGUCAUGAACACCUUCAACGCGGCCGACCAGGGUCUCAAGACAAUCGGCAACAGCCUUGAGGGUAGCUACCGCCUUCUGUUUGGUCGGCUUGGCCAGCCACAACAGCAGCAGGUGUCCGGGCCAACCGCCGACGGUGCUGCCACGGCCGACGUUGUGCUGCCCAAGACGCUCGACGACGCACGCAAGCUGGUGACGACACCCCCUCCUGUAAGCGAGGACGAGGCCUCUAUCGACGGCGAUGAUAAGCAGCAACAACAGCAGGGCAAGACGCCACAGACGACGCCGCCGCCCCCGCGAAAGGUCUAUCGACGAAUCUCAAGCCUCAACAUGUCCACUAUAGCCAACACAGACAAGGACGGCAAAGACGGCAAAGACGACAAGAUGUUGACCGUUCUGGCCGGUCGGAAGGCGACGUCGCGUGACCCGAGUGCCGACAGCUCGCGCAGCUCACGCAAGGCCCUGGCGGAUGACGAUGCGCCUUCCACGGUGGCUGCCACGAAUCCAGCCUUGCUCGACUCGGUCCGCAGCCUGGGCAAUUCGUUCAAUCCCAUGUCACGGCUGUCGAGCAUCGGCAACUUCCGCGGAUUUGGGCGCACAGCGUCGACGUCGUCUACGCCGUUGGCGGUCGCAGCGGGUGAAAAGUCCGACGGCGGCGAUCUGGCUACAGCCUUCCCUGACAUUGCUGCUGCGCUGCCGCCGAAACCACAGAUCGCACCCCCGGUCAAGCGGUUCAUGGAGCUGCACAACCCGGCCGACCUGCGGAUCAGCGAAGUAAUGGAGCUGCUGCGCGACUACCGGCGACUGGCAACGGCACUCAAAGACCUGGGGGCCUUUGAGAAGUGA